AACUGCGCCAUUAAUUUCCCUUCCAGUGAGCGGUUGGUGAUGGAAACACACAAAGAAACGACUCCUCAGUGGAAAACAACGGUUAUAGUCAGCACCUCUCUCCAGAGCCAUGGCACGGGCAGGAUGCUAAGCGCGCAGCAGCACCGAAUCAGGUUCUCAGACAGUGUUGAGUCCGGAGCCUUCAUUUUCCCUCUGUCAGGUACGGCAUUUCUGUUGGUUGACCCUCAAGACCUCCUGGAGAAUUUUGAGGAACCUGGACUCAUUGAGAGGAUCAAAACUUUUGUGCAAGUACACCGGAACAGCUUUCUACUUCUGUACGCCCCCUUUAAUGGGAAAAAGGAGUUGGAAAUCUUGUCAGUGAUUCAGCACAGAUUCUUUGGCAGCAAUCUCAGGAUCCUGCCUGUGCGAAACAAUGCUGAGAUUGUCAAAGGAAUGUUGACAAUCGCCAAGGCCACCAGUAAGCCCCACGUGGACAGUAUCCGUGACCGGAUGUCUCUGGCUCGGGCUCACAUCAUUGAAAGCAGUCCUGUGUGGGAGAUGCUAAGAGACAUUCUUUAAAGCUAAGCAUAUGAU